AUGCAUGUGAUUCGAUGGGAUAGCUCGGCGUCCAGUCAGAAGGGCGUGACCACCCCGGUCUCCGCGCCUCCUACGCCCGCAUCCCCAACAUUGGGCUCCACACAAUGGCCGACCUUCAUCACUGCUAGUGGCGUCGACGACUUUAAUCUCGUCAGCCUUCAGUCGGGCAUCUCACAGAAGUCUGCAUGGUCUUUGCACCUCAACCACGAGAUCGCGCUGGCGACAGCUCCCGAUGUCGCCCAGAAGCAGCGGAACUUCUACACGAGACGACCAGUUCCCCUGGUGAUGAGAUGGAAGAGGUUUUGGGCAGUGUUUGCGCUGAUGUGUGCUGGCAUUGGGGCUGGCAUCUACAGCAUCAGCACGCAAUACUUUCAUGCUCUUGAAGAAUUGCAAGGAUCUGCUCGAUUUGCAGCCAGGCUUGUGACCAGAGACAUCGUCCUGAAAAUUCGCAGUUCCAUGCCUUCACUACAUGUGCUGGAGGCCGCUGUGACGCAGGGCAUUGAUUUUGCCAAGAACUUUGAGUACAUAGCAGACUCGUUGCGGAGGAAGCCCAAUGCGACUGGCAUCAGCGCUGUAGCGUUGGCACCUGCGGGUACGAUUUCUCAUGUCUUUCCACACUCAGCUGAUCUUAUGGGGAAACCGCUCUUACUUCAUCCAGAUGAAGCACCUGACGCCCUGCAGAAGGCACAGAAAAGGAGAAUCAGCGUCGCAGCGAAGUGUCAAGCGGGCGACGGGACCCUGGUGGGAUACCUGCCCAUUCGCACCAGCGACGCCGAUGUGUUUUUGCCCAGCGAGUGGUUCGUGCACCAGGGGGUGAACUAUUCCCGCGAUUGCUCCACAGCCGCCCUUCGAGAGCAACAUUGCCGUCUUCCUGAAGAAGGCGGUUCACCGCCUCCACAUCGACGGCGUGGCCGGGGUCGUCCUCCGGGCCCUGGGGGUUCAAGUCCGGGCCCUGGGGGUUCAAGCAGUACACUUGUGGGUGGAUUUGCCUCGGACAAACCGUUUUGGGGCUUUGCGCUGGUCUACUCCAACUUCAAGGACGUUUUUACCGACAUGAACCUGGAGCGGCUGCAAAAUGCGACGCUGGCCUCAGGAUCAUCAGGAUUCGCGUAUCAACUGAUGGACCGCGCUCGGCCAUUGACGUCCGAAGAGGCAGCUUGUUGGCCCUCCUGGCAUCCAGAUCUGUUGAGGGACGCCGUUGAAGUGCCGAUGUCGGUCCCAGAGCUGGACUUGGAUUGGGUUUUGCUGCUGGCUCCAAUGAAUGGAUGGCAGGUAUCCUUCCAGGAAUUCUGGAGCCACCUUCUGCUCGAUCUUUGCAGAGCUUUGCUAAGCAUUUUCUUGUGCAUCCAUGCCUUUGCAGCUUUUUGCAAGCGGGCCAAGGAAAUCGAGCAGUUGGAGCGCUAUAGGCAAGAUUCCAUCACCAAGGCCAUCAUGGCAUCGCUCGAUGCUUUGAGCAACUUCAGUUUUCCCCUUUGCCUCAUCAGCAUCGAGGACUUCAAACAGUUUCCAAGGCUCAUGUACUAUGAAGAGCUGCGGGACAACGGCUGUCAUCAAUGCGUGGACAGCGUGGAGGAUGGAAUGUUGAAGUACAAGACGGAAGGCGUGCUGCUGUUGAGCAUGGAUAUAUCCAAUGGCGAUCGACAUGAACUGCACGCAAGCGCCCUGCAAGCGAUUGAUCAGCUGAUGGCUAGAGGUACCAGAUGUGCAUGGAUUUGGACGGCGCCCUGCUGCAUUCCGCAGCGCAACAGCAUGCAGCGCCAAAGUGCAAUCAACUGUAUGGCCAGCUUUUGCACUUGUUUCUCGACGAUGCUGUGCCUCACGCAAAGAACGUUCGUUGAAACCUUUGGAGGUGUGACCUUGAAGUCGGAGGCCACCGUGGACAGCCGCUGCUGGACCACGCUGGAACGCUUGUGCUUUAUGAGCUGUCAAUGCCUGGAUGUGGAGCAUCAGGUGUAUGUUUUCAAAUCGUCUUGUCGCCAAUUGGAGCAACAAUCCUUUGAUACCGGUAUAGCGGCUCGAAGUUUGGAGCUCCUUCAAGGAAGUUUUUCAUGCUGCGUGGCAUGCCAUCCCAAUGGGAUUUGCGAGAAGCAGCGGGUGGUAGGCGUCAUCCUUGGUCUAUACUGGCGCUUCGCGGCCGCGGACCGAGAAUCUCCCAGCGAAAUAUCACGGGAGAUUUUAAGACUUUGGAAGGAGGGGGAGGACAGGAACUUUCCUGCCUACUUUACGCUUUGGAGUGGUAAUGGCCCUCAUCUCACAGAGCUUUUUGGUGGAUACUUCCCAGUCCUUCGCCAAAUGUUCCAUAUAGAUUCGCAGCUGCAGCCGAGCCAACGACUUCGUGUGCCAAUGGUGACUGACAAGGUGCGCCCAGACUCGCGUCGCUCUUCAGGGACGGGCGGCUCAGCAGGAAGUGUCUCCUUCCGGAGAGGUGGCGUUGCAGGCCUUAUAGGCAGAUCAAGAAGUUUCUCCUCCUUCUGA